AUGAAUGAGUUCAUUAGCAACAAAGCACCCAACAAGGCCACUGGACUUCAUACGGAGAACCACUAUCCUAACUGGGUACCGAUCUUGGAGCAGCCCCUUUAUAAGCCGAGAAAACUGAGGGUAGUCUGCAUUGGAGCGGGCUAUUCCGGAUUGAUGAUGGCAUACAAAUGGAAGCACCAGCAUGACAUGGAUGAAUCUAUCGACCUGACAAUAUAUGAGAAAAAUGCGGACGUUGGUGGCACAUGGUUUGAGAACCGGUACCCUGGAGUGGCGUGCGAUGUCCCAGCACACAUUUACACGUUCCCAUUCGAGCCUAAUCCGGACUGGUCAUCGUUCUAUGCCUCAGGACCCGAGAUCUGGGAAUACAUCAAAAGAACCACAACGAAGUACAACCUCGACGAGUGUGUGUGCUUCAAUUCACGGGUGACUUCGACAAUAUGGGACGACAUUAGGGGAAAGUGGAUAAUCAGAGUCGAAAGCGACGGAAUCAUCAAAGAGGACGAGGCAGACGUCCUUGUCAACGGCUCGGGCAUCCUCAACAAAUGGCGUUGGCCUGAAAUCCAAGGGCUUCAAUCUUUCCGAGGAAAGCUUCUGCAUAGUGCAUCAUGGGACACGACGCUAGAUUGGACGGGGAAGCGCGUUGCAAUCAUCGGUAAUGGGUCGUCAGCCAUUCAGAUUCUUCCAAAGAUGCAACCGACUGCGGGCAGGAUCGCAACCUACGUCCGCAGCCCUACCUGGAUCUCAGCCAACUUCGCUGCGGAAUUGACUCCAGGCGGUGAGAACUUUCAGUAUACCGCAGACCAGAAGAAGAACUUCCGGGAGAAUCCCGAGGAUCUGUUGCAGCUGAGAAAGAAUAUUGAGCACGUCUUCAACCAGCAGUUCCGUACCUUUCUCCGGGACAGCCCUCAGCAGGCAUGUGCCUACCAGGAGUUCAAAAAGAAUAUGGAGGAGCGCCUCAAUCAUGAUCCCUCCCUAUGCGCGAGACUUAUUCCAUCCUGGCAGGUCGGGUGUCGGCGUAUUACCCCGGGCGAAGGGUAUCUGGAGGCCCUUCGAAAGCCGAACGUCUCGACUGAGUUCGACCCGAUUGAGGAAGUUACUGAAACUGGAAUUCGGACUGCCAAGUGCACCGAGGAGUUCGACAUCAUUGUCUGUGCUACUGGCUUUGACGUCAGCUUUUCACCGUCCUGGGAACUUGCCGGGAAGGAUGGGAUCCGCCUGGCCGAUCAAUGGCGCGAGAGCCCCGAGGCGUACUUUGGCAUCUGCGCCCCUAACAUGCCGAACUAUUUCAUGUUCAACGGUCCUAAUUGCCCAGUGGGACAUGGUAGUCUCUUGGCUGCCAUGGACUCAACAGCACAAUGGAUAUUGAGGUGGUGCAAGAAGAUUGCAACCGAACAUAUCAAGUCGAUGGUGGUUAGAAACGAUGCUGCAGAUGACUAUAAUACAUACUCGCAGGAGUUUCUCCAGACCACUGUUUGGGCGGGUGGUUGUCGAUCCUGGUAUAAGAACGGGAAGUCGGACGGGAAAGUGACGGCCAUGUAUGCCGGAAGCAUCCUUCAUUACAGAGAGAUCCUAGAAAGUUUCAGGACGGAGGACUUCCAAAUUAAGUACGAUGGGCCGAACCGGUUUAGGUUCAUGGGCAACGGUCUUACCAAUCGCGAGACCAGCGGUGACGAUCUGUCUUAUUAUGUUUACAAAUAG